AUGGCUCAACACUCACUGCAUGUGUCCAUCGGCAUACUGGGAAUCUCUGGCGGUUCUCUUUUGCUUUUGGUGAACAACUAUGCCAGCUUACCUGAAAAAGACUUCAUCCCCCAUACUGUACUGGGGAUCUUGCUCCUCGUUAUUGCAAUCCUCUUAGCUUAUACAGGUAUCUCUCACAGUCUGUCCCACGCUCAGCUGUUUUCCUCUCUGUGUCUGACCGUUUCGGCCCUCUGGUGUGGUUCAGGUCUGGUGUACAUCCUGGUGGGGCAGGCGGUGCUGCAGCCUACGGAGCUGAGAUCCUCUCUGGUUCCCGGCCUGGCAGCAUUUACCUUAGCCCUGCUCGUCAUAGGCGCUGUAGCAGUUGCAGUAAAGGAAGCAGUUCUAGUUAUCAUAGCUGUCGGCAUAAGUUUAGCAAGUGCCCAUCAAAUCGCCGGUUUGUCAGCUUCAGGUUUUGGUCAGUCUGCAACAGCUGCCAACUACCUUCUGGUCUGUCUGGUGGGUGUUUACUUUGGUUUUGGACGUCUGCUGUACAGCAUCACUCAUGGUAAAUUGGAGCCUCCAGGAACUGGCUUGAGGAGAACAGCAGAGCAUCACCAGGGUUGUAAUGAUGCAGUGUCAGUGGGUCUGGUGAUGAACUUGCUGUCCGCCUCUGUGUUAGCCUGUCCUUUGUUAGGCGUGGUCCCCCAGCUCUCCAUUGGUCACGUCCCCUGGCUUUGGACAGCGGGAGUUUUCCAGCUUGGCAUGUGUGUCCUCUUCUACCGGGCCAUGGACACACUGGCCGCCACGUUUUACGGCUUCACUGCUCUGCUGAAAUUUGCAGAGGGCUACAGCGCUCUCCUGUCAUCUUCAGUUCACCCUUUCUCCCCUAUUCCCUUCCCCAUUGUCUUCUCUGUGCUUUUCUCCAUCCUGGCUCUGUUCAGUUGUCAGAAGAGCUUGCUGGAGGGGCUCUACCAGUUAAUCUUUGCAGCAUAUUGUAUUGUCAUUGCAGCCCAGCCUCAAGGCUUCUUCCAAGGAGGCACCCAGUGUGUUCAGGGAGCUAUAUUUGUGUUGUCUGCCGGCAUGCUUUUUAUUACCACAUUUAAUAUGGUUUCCACGACAAUGAUUCCUACGGGGCAGGGAUAUUUCAAAGCUUUGGUGACCAGGAUGCAGUGUCUUACUCUCAGAGCCCAUAAUAAAAAUCAACAUGUACCUUACCUGGGCUACUCCAAGUAUGCUGAUGCAGAGGUGUUAGGCCACGCCUGUAAUGUGCUAGCUGCUUUUGCCGUAACAGCCACAGUUGGGGACAUAAAUCCUCUGUCUGUGCUGGUUAUGCCCUGGGUGGUGGUUUCUGGAGGGGCACUCCAGCUGCUCUGUGGUUCAGUAGCUUUUGCUCGAGGUAAAACCUUUGAGAGCACAGUUUUCAUUCUCUAUGGGGUGAUGUGGGCAGUAUGGGGUUUGACUCGAUAUGGCGGCUUAUACGGGGAAACCCGCAGCUUUAAUGUGGUUGUCGGGAUCAUAAGCUUCAUGUUGUUUAACUGUUUAGUGACAGCUGCAGCACUAUUUGUAAGUGUUGCUUGGUUUGCUUAUGCCCUCACCUUCCAGCUUAUCCUCAUUAGCUUCCUGCUGGAUGCAGUAGGUGCACUGCCUUAUGGCUAUGACAUAGGAGUCACCAUAAUUUUUGGUCUGGUCAGUUUUUAUUUUUUCUUGGCGGAAAUUUUUAACAGCACCUUCCAGUCCCCACUGAUACCCUUCGGAAAACCUCUAGUCAAGCUAAAUGGGGACAGAGGAGGCGCAGAUAUUUGUCCGCAUGUACCCGCUCGCAAGGCCUCGUCUGUCCGGCAGAUUGCAGAAAUUAUGAAAAAUGGUGGCAUAUGUGGAAUGCCGACUGACACCGUCUAUGUGCUGGUGGCAGCUUGCAACAGGCCCGACGCAGUCGUCAAAGCUUACAAGGUGAAGAAGCAGGCGCAGGACCGCCCCAUGUCCCUGUGGAUCUCCUCCAUCAAACAGCUGGAGCCGGUGCGACACCUGCUGAGCCCUCUGCUCCUUGAUUUCAUGGAGGCUGCGUGGCCCUCUUCCAUUAGCAUGGUUAUACCCAGAGGCCCGUGGAUGGACACCUUUGGUUUAGGAGAUGCUGCUAAACACAUAGGGACACCACAAAGCAUUGCAAUCAGAAACCCAGACUGUUCUGUGGUCACACAUCUUAUUAAUCUGGUGGGGCCUGUCGCUGUAACCUCAGCCAACCCUUCAGGCGAGGCAGACACAACGCACCACAACCAAGUUUACGCCAAGCUAGGAACAAAAGUGGAUGGAGUGUUAUGUGAUGGACCAUCCCCAGAGAAUAUUGCAUCUACUGUGGUUGACUGCACCAAAAUUGAAACGGGUUGUAUUGGCUUCUUUAGAGUGGGUCUCAUUCCUAAAUCCAAGGUUCUUUAUAUCUUUGAGGAGGUUCAGAAGCGGCACAUACAUGGGCAGACAAAUCCUGCUUUUGAAUGAUCUGCAUCUGUAAGAUGCACAAAAGAAACUCAAGAAAACAUUUACAGUUUCACUUGAACAACGUCCAGUCCUCCAGAAAUGGGUCAUCGUAAGCACUUGUAAAUAAUGACAAAUGUAACCUAUAUCCAGACUCAGUGCAAGCAUAGGAAAUGUAGAGGAGAUCUCAGGUUCCACUGCACAGGGACAACCCCACAAGCUGUUAAUGUGCUGGUGUUUUUUGGCACGCAAACUGAUUUUUUUUAAUUAUGUUUAAUUCAAUUCAAUUCAGUUUAUUUGUAUAGCCCAAUUUCACAAAUUACAAAUUUGUCUCGGAGUGCUUUACAAUCUGUACACAUAGACAUCCCUGUCCCAAAACCUCACAUCGGAUCAGGAAAAACUCCCAAAUAACCCUUCAGGGGGAAAAAAGGGAAGAAACCUUCAGGAGAGCAACAGAGGAGGAUCCCUCUCCAGGAUGGACAGAUGUAAUGUGUACAGAAGGACAGAUUAGAGUUAAAAUACAUUCAAUGAUUUUGACAGUGUAUGAAUAGUUUGUAUUAGGCAUAUUCCACGAUGGAGACCUCCACGAGCCAUCAGGCAGAUGGAGGUAGAGAGGAGGAGUGGGCGGAGUCUCAACAGGGCAGUGGCGUAGUUGGUAGCAGGAAUUCCACGGUCCAGACCUCGAUGAUUCAUCAGGCAGAUAGGAUCUAUGCCUUCUCAUAGGGUCCGAUUUACUUUUUUAUACGAAUGUUGGUGUAAACAUUCUACAACAUGCACACCGGCUCCAAUGCACUGCAACUUGACUAGCUGGUUAACUUGACUAAUGUCUGUACUGUAUGUCAUAUAUUUUUCAAUGUGUCAAUUCUUUUGAGUUGUGUAUAUACUUCUUUUAUGAUAAAAUAUAUAUUUAAUGAUU